AUGGUCCAAUACAGCAUUAGAAGCACAGACAACACCACCAAGGGCCGCCUAGCUCUAGUGACAGGGGCGAGUGGUGGCAUAGGCUCAUCCGUUGCCCAUGCUCUCGCCGCAGAGGGCUGCGAUGUCGCAUUACACUAUUCGUCAAGUCAGGCGAAGGCGAAUGCUCUGGCUCAAGAGCUGCGCGAUAAGUAUCCAUCGCAGCUCUUCGUCCCCUUCCAGGCCGACCUCUCCUCGAGGGAAUCGACCCGGAACCUGGUGCCUAGCAUCUUCGCCAACGGCGAGGUCGCGCAGAAGCACAAGGCCGUCUCGGUGCUCGUCGCCAACGCCGGCCUCGGUCGCCGGAUCCGCGACCCGGCGGACAUUGGCGAAGACGACUGGGACGAGAUGAUGGAGGUCAACGCCCGCAGCCAGUUCGUCGUGACAAAGGCCUGCCUGCCCGGCAUGCGCGCUCAGGGGUGGGGCCGUGUCGUUCUCGUGGGCAGCAUUGCGAGCCGCGGUGGGGGGAUCAACGGGUGCCACUACGCCGCUACCAAGGGCGCUCUCUGCUCAAUGGGUCUUAAUUUGGCCACGUUCUUGGCACCGGAGGGUGUUACCGUGAAUAUUGUGCUGCCCGCCAUGAUUGGGGCCACUGGCAUGAUUGCCACUCCGAAAUCAACAACCUGGGAUAGUAAAGAUGACCUUGAGGAGUUGAGGUCCACAGAUCCGGGGCUGGCCAUUGCUGCCAGCGUCCCGGUCCACAGAUUAGGCGCUCCCGAGGAGGUGUCAAACGUUGUCGUAAUGUUUGUCAAGACUGGAUAUCUUACUGGCCAAGAGCUGGUCCUCGCCGGCGGGUUGAAAUGA